AUGUCACCAUAUAAGUUGGUGUUCGAGAAGGCUUGCCACUUGCAAGUGGAACUUGAACAUAGAACUUGGUGGGUAAUGAAACAACUGAAUCUAGACAUUAAAGUUGCGAGCACAACUAGAAUCACAGAACUGCAUGAGCUGGACGAGUUCCAAUAUCUUGCUUUCGAGAGCACGAGGAUGUAUAAGGAGAGAAUGAAGAGGCUAAGUGACAAAAACAUUGUUGAGAGAAAUUUCAAGCCCGGAGGUAUGGUGUUGCUUUAUAACUCAAGAUUAAGGCUAUUUCCGGGUAAACUCAAGUCACGAUGGUCUGGACCAUUUCGAGUGGUUGAAGUAUUUCCUUUAGUGGCUGUAGAGAUUGCCGCAUAG